UUGGUCUGCCUCGGAACAUGAUAACAGAUAAGCCUCUCUGCGCUGCGCGUUGUCGGGCUAUCCGCGAUGCCGACAACUUGAAAGCAAAAUAAACAGGCGUAAUUAGGUCUCUCCCCCCCCCGUCCCCAAAAAAAAAAAAAAAUAUAUAUAUAUAUAUAUAUUUAUUUAUAUAUAUAAAAAAGGGGGUCGCAGUGGAUCCUGGUCCGCGCGCGCCCAAGAGGAAUAACAAGAGGAGAGAAUUGUGUGGCGCGCAUGCAAAGGCUCCGACGCACCUCGUAGAUCUUGACGAAAGUCUUCAAGUGCAGGCAAAGUGAGCAUGUAUGUGCACGGUUUGAUACGAGCUAGCCUUGGAUUUGUGGGCUUCUGCCUGGUCGCCUUUGUCCAACAAUCCGCUUCGGGAAGUAAAAGCAGCCAAGAUGUGGACGAGUGUGCAGAGGCACUUGACAAUUGCAGCAUCGACGCCAUCUGCCAGAACACACUGAAAUCCUACAAGUGUAUCUGCAAGUCGGGCUAUAAAGGGGAUGGUAAACAUUGUGAAGAUGUCGACGAGUGUGCAACCGAAUACAACGGUGGCUGUGUCCAUGAGUGCAUCAACAUCCCAGGAAAUUACAGGUGCACAUGCUAUGAUGGCUUCCGCUUGGCACAUGACGGGCACAAUUGUCUAGAUGUAGACGAGUGUUCAGAAGGAAACGGCGGAUGCCAGCAGAUCUGUGUCAACAUGAUGGGCAGUUAUGAAUGUCGCUGCAGAGAAGGAUUCCUCCUGAGUGACAAUCAGCAUACCUGCAUCCAAAGGCCAAAAGUGCGACCGGAAGGAACAAAGGAGGGACCCACCUGCAUGGACAAGAAUCAUGGCUGUGCACACAUCUGUCGGGAAACACAGAAGGGUGGCAUCUCCUGCGAAUGUCGACCUGGAUUCCAGCUAACCCGUAACACGAAGGACUGCAAAUUGACGUGUAACUAUGGAAAUGGUGGUUGCCAGCACAUCUGUGAAGAAACAGACCAUGGCCCCAAGUGUUCAUGCCACAUGAAAUUUGUCCUGCACACGGAUGGGAAGACUUGUGUUGAGACCUGUGCCGUGAACAAUGGUGGCUGUGAUAGCACGUGUCACGAUUCAGUGACCGGAGUUCGCUGCAGCUGUCCUGUCGGCUUCACGCUGCAGCCGGACCGCAAGACCUGCAAAGACAUUGAUGAGUGCCGUCUUAACAACGGGGGUUGUGACCAUGUGUGUCGGAACACAGUGGGCAGCUUUGAGUGCAGCUGCAAAAAAGGCUACAAGCUGCUGACCAACGAGCGGACAUGUCAAGACAUUGACGAGUGCUCCUUUGACCGCGCUUGCGACCAUUUCUGUGUCAACUCUGCAGGAAGCUUCCAGUGCCUUUGUCACAAGGGCUACGUCCUCUAUGGCGUUGCGCACUGCGGAGAUAUUGAUGAAUGCAGUAUUAACCGAGGAGGUUGUAAAUAUGGCUGCAUUAACACUCUGGGGAGCUACGAGUGUACCUGCCCACCUGGAUUUAAACUGCACUGGAACAGAAAGGAUUGCAUUGAGUUGGUGAAAUGUCCCCCAGGCCUUUUCGCCCCCAAGGCGACUCUCACCUGCAGCAAAACGGGCAAGAAGGAGAGCUGCUCGCUCACCUGUGCCUCCAAGGCACACUAUCUGGCAGAGUCUGACAACAGCUACUCGGUCAGCUGCGGCAUCCCCAUCGUCAGAGGGAAGUCCCCCAUCAGGCUCAACUCCAGCAGCAGUCAAAGCUGCAUCGAGACUUUGGCGCCUCCAGUGAAGCAGACGGCGUCUUUCAAGAUUAAAAACGCCAAAUGCCACCUGCACCCUAAAUUGACAGGCAGGACAGAGGACAGGGGGCGCACCCUAGGACCAGGAGGUGGUCAGCCCUGCAGUAACUGCCUGGUGACAUUUGUCAAUCUCAAAUGUGACUCGUCAAAGAAAGCAAAAGGGCGGCGCGCUCGCAACCCGGCUAACAAAGAGGUAACUCGCAUCACUUUGGAGCUGGAAGCAGAGGUCAAAGCUGGAGACACAACAGGAAGUUGUAACCUCAGCUGCCUCAGACAACGUAUGGAGAAACAGGUGAAGACCUACAUCAAGGCUCUGAAGAAGUCCAUCAACCAAGAGCGCUUCCUCAUCAGAGUUGCUGGUUUGGAGUACGAGGUGGCCCAGAAACUUCCACAAGCUUCACCCAUUCAAGAGAACUGUGGCCCGGGCUCCGAAAAAGACAGCGGGCGAUGCGUCAGGUGCUUGCCGGGCUCGUAUUACCACGGGGAGCAGGAGCGUUGCGUCCAGUGUCCGCCCGGCACCUUCCAGGAGAGGGAGGGGCAGCUGGCAUGCGACCUGUGCCCGGGCAGCGACGGCCACGGUCCUGUCGGAGCCCGAAACAUUUCAUCGUGUGCAGGCCAAUGUCCCACCGGGUUCUUCUCAGCCGACGGCUUCAAGCCUUGCCAGCCGUGUCCCCAGGGCACAUACCAGCCAGAUUUGGGUCGGACAUUGUGCUUUCCUUGCGGGGGAGGACUGAGCACCAAGCGUGAGGGCGCAAGCUCCUUCCAUGAUUGUGAGGUCAAAGUGCAGUGUUCUCCGGGCCAUUACUACAACACCACAGUGCACAGGUGUAUCCGCUGCCCAAUCGGAACCUAUCAGACUGAGUUUAGGCAGAACUACUGUAUUUCCUGCCCAGGAAACACCACCACAGAUUUUGAUGGCGCCACUAGUGUCUCUCAGUGCAAGAACAGGCAGUGUGGCGGCGAGAUGGGCGAGUUCAUGGGCUACAUCGAGUCCCCUAACUACCCCGGCAACUACCCGGCAAAUGUGGAGUGCAUUUGGAACAUCAACCCGCCCAGCAAGCGUAAGAUCCUUAUUGUGGUGCCGGAGAUCUUCCUGCCCUCAGAGGACGAGUGCGGAGAUGUGCUGGUGAUGAGGAAGAACUGGUCAGCUACAUCCAUCACCACCUAUGAGACGUGUCAGACGUACGAGCGGCCCAUCGCCUUCACGGCGCGCUCCAGGCGCCUCUGGAUUAACUUCAAGUCCAACGAGGCCAACAGUGCCAGGGGCUUUCAGAUCCCCUACGUGACGUAUGACGAGGACUACGAACAGCUGGUCGAGGACAUUGUACGGGAUGGAAGACUCUACGCUUCAGAAAACCAUCAAGAAAUCCUCAAGGAUAAGAAACUGAUAAAGACACUUUUUGACGUGCUGGCUCACCCAAACAACUACUUCAAGUACACCACUCGAGAGUCCAAUGAGAUGCUUCCCCGAUCCUUCAUACGGCUCAUAAGCAGCAAAGUUUCUGCUUUCCUGCGACCGUACAAGUAAACGCUUAUCUGCAAUUCCGUAAACAUCCCCCGUCCCCCUUACAGGCUACAUCCUGCAACUCAUAAAGGACUUUGACACGCAAAAUACACCGUUUUAUUUUUUAACCCUCUUUUGAUUGCCAUUGACAAACCUGCAAAAUACUGAAUAUUCGUGUUGUUGUUUGUCAGUUUUUCUUCACAGGUCCACAGUCCAGAGUGGAAGAGUUUAGUGGGGAUGUAGAAUAUGUGAGUGGGUUGGGUUUCGAUUGUGUCGUGCAAUGGGACCAUGAAAGCGGAAAGAAACGACAGUAGGAGUGAUGUUGUGUUAGAGCUUGUUGUUGUAUUUGCUUAAAUGACUGGUCUGUAUUCCAGCUCCGACUACGACCGUUAAGUAUGACUGUAAGUGCUGUGCAAGUGUUGUGUAACCCCGGUUCCAUCAUAUGUGCGUGCGUGCAUGCGCUGGUGAGGAUACGUGCUUGUAUGUGCGUCCUCGACGAGGAGCAGUUGCUGAUUCGUGUCGCAGCUGUGUUCCAGCUCAUUUUAAAGCCUUACUGUGUGUGAGCUCUUAGAGCAGUUUUACUGUUAAAACAGUUCAUCUGUGCUGUCUAGACUGCACCAGCCUUUUCCGACCCGCCCAGCAUUUCUGUUGCUCUUUUUCUUCUUCUUCUUCUUUUUUUUUCCAAGGCGACUUUAAAGCAAAUACAAAAAAAAAAUAGCCGGUUAAUCAUUCCUGGAACACAGAGGACAUUGUUGGAAGAUGAAUAAGAAACUAUUAAAAGUGGGAAAGCCACAGGAAUGAGAUGAUGUGGAAUGUGUCUGGGAAGAGGGAUCGAGAGUUGAAUGUCUUUGGGGGACGUGAUGUUUGCUGCUUCUUGUAAAAGGUCACUUUAAUUCUUCAAUCUCACAUGAAUAGUGUCAAGGAUUGAAGUGAAGAGGAAGCAGAGAAUUUCAAGUACUUUAGUUGUUACAUCACAGCAGGUCGAUGAUCUCGUCAUUCGUCUGUGGCGCAGGUCUAUCGUGUUUUGACUUGUAAAUACCGAAAAGAAGAACGCUAAGGGUUGGAUUCUGUGAUGCCGAGCCCAAGAAUCACACCGGCACCCCCGCCCCUAAAAUGUCAUGGUCAUAUCAAAUCCAAAGACACCAACUCCCCAACUCAUGUUUGGUCUGUCCCAAUGAAGACAGCUCUUCCAAAGAGGGCCCACAAGGGCGGGUCACAUUGUUUUGUGCACUAUUAGAUCAAGAGCCCAUCCUUCUACCUUUAUAGACAAGUGCAAUGAAUGAAAAUACCACAUCUCGGAUUUGCUUAUGGUGACCCAAAAUGAUCUUUUGGAAAGCAGCACUGUUGACCCUUUGUAUGGCAUGUUGUGAGCAGAACUUUAGGGUGUACCUGCUCUUUUGCAGAGUGAGUCAAAGAUGUCAUGGAAAUUUUGCAGUUUGGAAACAAUAUUCUUUGUGGUUUCAGAACAAUGACAGCAACAGGGUAUAAUAAUUUAAUAUUAAAGUAAAAGACCGUUCCCCGUGAUAGGAGCUGAUGUUUUGUUUUAGGUAUUUAGCAAUUUUAGCAAAGUUCGACAAAAACAUCCAAACCUUACCUGGCUUUAAGUCAAGUGGGCCCCCACGGCUAGCUUUUGACGAGCUUAUCAUAAAGACUGGAAACGGGAAGCAGCUCGUCUGCUUUAGAAACACACAAUGGUAUUUGCAGGGGAUUCAUUUGGCUGGGAGGCACGAUCGAAACUGAGAGAAAAGUAUUUCAUCAAACCUCAAAAGUCAUUAUUUGCGCUAUUGCGUUUUGUGUGUGUGUGUGUGUGUGUGUGUGUGUGUGUGUGUGUGCGUGCGUGCGUGCGUGUGUGUGUGUGUGUGUGUUCACAUAGCUCGCAAUAUUAAUGGUAAUCCCCUAACAUGCAUAUUUCAACUUUGGAAGGAAAUAAAUAUGUCUCAUUCUCCAUUACAUGGUUGAUUUCUAGUUUAGGGAGUGGAAAGGGAGGUUUGUUGUUGUAAAAGUCACCAUCCAGGAUGAUCCAAAAGGGAUUUUGAUCACAUUGUCAAAGUUGAUGGUGAGAUGCCAAACCAUGUUAUACCAAAAUGUUGGACAUCUUUAGUGAAUUUCCAGCUCUACCUACAUUAUAAAUAUUAAAACAUGGCCCGUAUGCCUUCAUGGGCAAAAACCCUCCUCCCACCAGAUUUUCUUUUUUUGUUUUUUCUUUUGGAGAUUGUUGCCUUUUAAAAGAGAGUUUGCUAUGAUGUAUCAUAGAGUUGAUAAUGAUAUUUGCACUUGAAUUGUUAUUGCUCAUGUAAAUGUCUGGACUUUGUAUUGUCUUUUUAAUGAAUGGACUUGGUGUUCUUAUUUUCUUGUAACUUGUUUUGUUCAUGAAAGCUCACUAGAAGUUUAGCCUAUAGAUGAUGAUACACGACAUUAUCGACAGUAAAAAAAAAAAAAAAAAAAUGUAUAGAGGUGAAGGCAACAAGUUUGUACUCAUUAUUGCCCCAAAACACUUAUGGAAAUAAACAUCCUGUACGUCAGCUUCAUUUUAAAAACAUGUUUAAUGUGUGUAACGCUGUUAUAACCUGGCAGCAAAGUAUUAAGCUCCAAAGGUAAUUUUCCAUCCUCUGUUUGGUCCUGGACUUACUAAUGUAGCAUCCCAUAUCCGACAGCAUAUUGGCUUUGCCAUUUAGUAUGCCAUGCUAAAAAAAGAAAAAAAAUUCAAUGUGUUUCGUAAAAGUAAUGACGAUAAUAAUUGUCUAUUUCCACCGGAGUGGUAACUUACACUUGCGUCUACAUUUGGGAAGGCUGGGAAUCCACUGACCAUCGUCACCACAGGUGACCGUGCUGGUGCCCACCACUGUGUAACCGUGGCGACAGCCAAUGGCGAUCGUGUCUCGGUGUUGAUAAAGUCGGAUGUGACCUCGCGUCCAGGAGCCGUUGGGCACUUUUGGAGAUGGACAUGUAAUUUCUGUGGAGAAACUACAACUCUUAUUCACUUUUAUUCAUGGUAAAUUGUAAAUAAAUUUGUGUAAAGAUGA